AUGAUGAUCCUGAGACAUCAUCUCGCUGGGGUCCUCCUCGAGAUGCUCGAGGAGGACCCCGAGGACCUGCUCGAGGAGCGCGAGGACUUCGAGCGCCAGUACUUCAGCCAGGUGGCCCUCGCACGCUCUCUGCUUGGGGUUUCUUCCAAAGCAUUGGUGAACGUCUUGAACACUUCGGGCGAGAAGUACACUGCCCGGCUACUACUGGACAACGUGAAGGCUGUACAUUUGGAGCUUGUUACGGACCUCACCACCGAAGCUUACAUGGCUGCUCUGAAUCGGUUCGUGGCGCGGCGAGGCAAGCCUCAAAGCAUCACGUCCGAUAAUGGCACUAACUUUGUCGGUGCAUCGAAUGAUCUGCAAAGGUUCCUUUCGAAAUACUAA